GUGUCCUUGGGAGAUUGUCUGAGGACCACCCUUAUCCCUGAAGACCCCCUCAGCACAGCCAAAGCCCCCCCCCUUCAUUUAUACAGUGGACAGGCUGUGGGGGCAUUAUGCCAGUGCGGAGUCGGUACAAUCUGGUGGAUGAUGGAUGUGAUUCUCGAAUCCCCCUCCAUAAUGAGGAAGCCUUCCAGCAUGGCAUCCACUUCCAAGCCAAGUAUAUUGGCAGCCUGGAUGUGCCGAGACCCAACAGCCGGGUGGAGAUUGUGGCAGCAAUGAGAAGGAUACGGUAUGAGUUCAAAGCCAAAAACAUCAAGAAGAAGAAAGUCAGCAUCUCAGUGUCCCUGGAUGGAGUCAAAGUGGCGAUGAGGAAGAAACAGAAGAGAAAAGAAUGGACAUGGGAUGAGAGUAAGAUGUUGCUGAUGCACGAUCCCGUAUACAGGAUAUUCUAUGUAUCACACGACUCGCAAGAUCUAAAGAUAUUCAGCUAUAUUGCCCGGGACGGUACCAGCAACACGUUCAAAUGCAACGUCUUCAAAUCCAAGAAGAAAAGUCAGGCCAUGCAGAUUGUGCGGACAGUUGGACAGGCCUUUGAAGUGUGCCACAAAAUGAGCCUUCAACAUGCGCAACAGAAUGCGGACGGAGCCAGUGACAAAUCUCUGGAAGAGGCCAAACUAGAAGGGCGACAGCUGACAGGAGCAGAAAAUAAAGAUACAGAAGCUGAUGGAAAUCUGAUAAGAGCUACUGCAGAGAAGAUAACCUGUGAACGUGCUGUAUCUGCACCAGACCUAGGCAUUGCCAAAUGUCUUCCAGUGCUAAAAGAAAAAAAUGGCCAGGAUAUUGAAAAUUGUUCAACCUACUCGUUGCUGUCCCAGAAAGUUCACACCCCAAGCUGUGCCUCUUCUGUCUCUGUCCUCACUCCUCUAGCCUCACAGCACCGCUUACAGCUCCUACAGCACCAGCUCCUCCAACAGCAGCAGCAGACACAAGUGGUCAUAGCCCAGGUGCAGCUCCUGAAGGACCAACUUGCAGCAGAGACGGCAGCACGCAUUGAAUCUCAGGCUCGAGUACGCCAGCUUUUACUGACCAAUCGUGACUUGUUACAGCACAUCUCGCUGUUGGUGAAAGAACUGAAAGAGCUGGAAAUUAGAUCUGACCUGAAGUUUUCCGGUAAUAAUCACUCAUUACAUAACUUGGCUAUUGCUCAGUCGCUGUCACUGAACCUGAAGAACUUAUACAGCCUGGAAAUAAACCUUCCCACCACCUCCACACCAGCCCUCCAAAACAACCCUGCCGCCAGAUAUGCUUUGAAUGGAAACAUGGGUGAUUCUUACCUCAAUCUCCUCAACCUGGAGAAGGAAAAUGACUCCAAGAGGGGCACAGAUGAAAAGGAUGUGGUCAGACGGAAGGUGGAGGGAUCGGAGGUCACUGAGGUUCUCUCAUACCAAACUGAAGAAGACAAGCUUCUUCACUCCAUUCCAAAGCUGAUCCCUCCUCCUCCCAUCUCCAGAAAGAGAUCCUCCAAGAUCUUAUCGGGGUCAAUCAGUGAAUCCAAUGAGAAUGUGACCAUACCAACCAGCCUCAACCUGACCAGUUUUACCACCAUCACUUCUUGUUCUAUAACACCCAUUGAAUUGGAGGAAAUUAGCCCAACAUUUAAAAACUCUUACUUCCCUAGCUUUGAAAACAGUGAUGUCUCUCCAAUAAAUGGGAGGCCUCUCCACCAGGAAUCCAUCGAGGAGAACGGGACCUUUCACUCCAUCACCAGCAGCUACGACAACCUGGAAGACACGCCAACCAUUGUGCCUGAGACGCCUCCAUGUAAUGAACUGGUUAGGCAACUGAACGUGGAGACCACCCUUCCUUUCUCCCCUGCCAACGACACCUGUCUUCACAUCAGCUUCUCCGAGGACGAGUUUCCUGACAUGGGUGUGGAUGAUCAUCUAUCAGUUCACAAGCAAUGGCGACUUAUUAAAAAUGGUAAUUAGCGAACACUUCAAGGACCUUUUACACUAUUAGCAAUUGGUGGUACGUAGAAAGGUCACAGGUGUUUCAACA